AUGACAACAUGUAUACUUGAUUAAUUUCUGGAGAGGAUUUUUUCCUCUCUUGGGUGCAUUUCAUUUUUAAACUAACGAUGGCGUAUAUGGUUUACCUUGUACCUAGCCCGCCCAUCCACUAGUAAACGCUAAAUAAUAUUUUAACAUGGCAAGACAACCAGAAAAGGCUUUAAAUUAUUUGUUCAUUUUAUGAUCAUCAGAUUAUCGUUUUUUCAGAUCCAUGGCUGGAAGGGGCUGGCAAGUGGAGAAUUCUGUAAGGUUUAUUAUUUUAUUUCCCAUGUUAAUAAUAGCCUCCAUUAGAGCAGAUCCAGAGACCAGGCUCCUAUAUAACUCAUGCGGCAGCAACCCCCCCAACAACGCAACCCUCUUUAAGCAAAUUUUGAACACUGCGCUGGAAUCUGUGGUUAAAGAAGUUGCUCCAUCUGGAUUUGCUACAAAAGACGAGCAGGCAGCAUCAGAUACAACAACAGAUUCGGUAUACGUUCUGGUGCAGUGCAGAAAUGAUAAAUCCCCUGCCGAUUGCGUCGACUGCAUUAAGGUUGCAGGGGAGCAAGCACGCAACUGCUCCGGUGUGUCCGGCAAAGCAUACUACGACGGCUGUUAUCUGCGUUACGAGAGUACCGAUUUUUAUGAUACAUACACUGAUGCCACACAUAGACCCGUCUGCGGCACACUCGACGCCGCUGAUUCCACUUCAUUUUCGGCAACAGGUCGAAGUUUGAUAACUGAUCUUUGCACUGCAACUCCAAGAAUAAAAGAUUAUUUUGCUGCGCAGACGAGACAGGGGCCGUUUAAUACGACUGUCUAUGGACUUGCCUUCUGUCUGCGUUCCAUUCAAGAGGCUUCCUGCAAAGAUUGCCUCAGUAUUGCUCGGGACAACAUAAAUAAGUGUUUUCCUCUCUCCGAUGGACGGGCUGUUGACGCUGGCUGCUACUUGCGAUACGAUUCCAAACCCUUUUUUCCAAGUAACGCCACAAUCGAUUUGACACAUUUCUUACACACAGGGAAGAAGAAGGCGAGUUCUAAAGUGUGGAUAAUAAGUGGUGUUGUGGGAGGGGUAUUCCUACUUGGCCUUUUGACUUUUCUCCAUGUCUUCCGGAAGCAGAUAAUGCGACCAGAGCAGACACAAGGGGAUAUUGAAGGAGCAACGGAACUGCGUGGACCAGAAGAUUUCGACUUCAAGAUACUGAAAAAGGCAACUAACCAUUUCGAUCAAGCAAAUAAGCUAGGACAAGGAGGGUUUGGUGAAGUAUUUAAGGCUACCUUGCAAAAUGGCAAAGUUGUUGCAGUAAAGAAGCUGACAUUAGGUCACUCUCCACGAGCAAUUUCUGAAUUCGAAAGCGAAGUGAAACUAAUUUCUAAUGUUCAUCACAGAAAUCUUGUGCGUUUACUUGGAUGUUGCAGACAAGGCCAUGAAAGACUUCUGAUUUAUGCGUACAUGCCCAACGGCAGCCUCGACAGAAUAUUAUUUGGAAAAAAUAAAAGACUUUUGAGUUGGAAGGAAAGGUUCAACAUUAUCUUGGGCACUGCUCGUGGUCUGGCCUAUCUGCAUGAGGAAUUCCAUGUUUGCAUCAUCCAUCGUGAUAUUAAAUCAAGCAACAUAUUACUUGACGAUAACUUUGAAGCAAAAAUAGCAGAUUUUGGGCUGGCAAGACUUCUUCCAAAUGAUAGAACUCAUGUUAGCACAAGAUUUGCAGGAACCCUAGGAUACACGGCUCCUGAAUAUGCUGGCCAAGGAAAAUUAACAGAGAAAGCAGACACCUACAGCUUUGGUGUGGUGGUUCUUGAAAUUCUCAGUGGCAGAAAAAGCAUUGACUUGAAGCAACCACCUCAUAUGCAAUAUCUGCUUCAAUGGGUUUGGAGCCUAUACGAGGAUAACAAGGUUUUAGAGAUAGUGGAAAGUGAAAAGGAGAUGGAAGGAUAUAACGAAGAGGAGGUGUUGAGGGUAAUAAACCUUGCGCUUCAAUGCAUACAAGCUUCUGUCACACAUAGGCCAUCAAUGUCUGAGGUUGUAACAAGACUCUUAAGUACAGAUGAGAUUGAUUUUCAGAAACCUCUGCAACCAACAUUGCCGGUAAACAUGGGCUACAAAUCACGUCAAGAAAGUUCCACUUCAUCUCAAUCAAAUGCAACGUUUACAGAAACCCUCAGUGCUCGUUAACAGAGUAGCAUGAAAGGAUGGAUUGUUGAAUUCUAAUCAAUUAUAUGGUUCCUCCUUCCUAUUUUCAUAUAGAACAAUAUAUAUUUUUCCAUUCAAUCUCCAAAUAAAACCAGGAAAUUUUUUAAAAGACAUAUCUCACUUCAAUUUGUGAAUUUAGAUGCUGGACGAAUGUAUAUUGUUUAUAUUUUGUAACUGAGGGGCGAUCUUAUUUAAUGCAUUUUGAAUAUGAAGGAUAGAAUUUCA